GAACCCAAAAGCUGAAAAACAGAGUGGAUUUCGUUUUGUCAGCUAAAAAAAUGAUUUUUUUUAUAAUUUUUUUGUUCAGAGCUAUAAAAAUGGAGGCAGUGUAAACUGUAAUGGAGCCUACCAACCCAUAAAUCGUCAGAUCCGUCCUUUUGGGUCCCCAUUUUUAACCUUUGUUUCAGUCCUUCACUGCUUCUGCUUCUGCUUCUUCAGCUUCUUUCUUUCUUUGAAAAACAAUAAAUUAUUGAGAGCAAUAGAACAAAAGACAUUACACUGAAAGAUUAAAUCGCUUUCUAUAAACUCAGUGUUUUCAAAUGGCAAGAGAUUGAGAGCAGAAAAAGGGUUGGUUUUUGUUGGACAAAUAAAGCAAACAAAGUGUGUUUCUUCAACCGAAGUUUAAACCUUUGGAUGACUAUUGGAAAUCAUUUAUAAUUUUUUUAAAUAUCAAUUCUUUGGGGGAUUUGAUGAAAAUCUUUACUUUGUUUAGCAUGUUUUUGGAAAUGGGUCUCUAUCAGAUCUAACUUUUAAUGCUGAAACUGUCAGUGGUUGUAUAUUUUCAUUCUUUGAAUAGUAAUCAACUUUUGCCACACAUUUGGGUGAUUUUAUUUUUAUUGAUGAAUGCACUUUUAUGUUUGCAGCUUUUUGAAGUUGAAUUUGUGUUUUUUUUAUUGCUUUCGGCACCAUAGUUUUGAAGCCAAAGUGGCUUCUCAUUGCUUGAUUACAUUCAUGGGAUUUACCUAAUGGAGAUGGGAAGUGGUGUAAAUAUGGACCUCCAAGAAGAUAGCGGCAGGUUGCAGUCGCUACCGGUGACGACCUCUAGAAAUAUGUCAUCAUCGUCGUCGGCCUUCUUUUCCGCGAAUCAAUCACCGUUCUUCUCUCCUAGAUCAUUGACUUGUCAGUUUUCUGAAUCAACAAGGUCUGAUGCUCAAUGUGAUAGUAUUAAUCAAAGUGCUGAUCCUCCAAGCUCCAGUUCUGGGAUUCGGGGAGCUGAAUGCCUUGAAAAUGAUCGGUUCGAUUUGUUGGAUAUGUCAUUCAAGCCUACUGCUUGUAUUUCGAGUGAUUUCCAGAAAUUUGACCACGUUGUCUCUAGUGACAACCUACCUAGUUAUGGUCGUGUCGGUGACAACGGUUAUUACGACCUUAUAGCUAAGCACAGAAAGCAUAUGAGAAGCCAUGAUAUGUCAUUUUCCCCGGUUCCAAUAUCACUGUCUUCUAACAGACAUAAAAGCUAUGACAUUUACCUAGGUUUGCAUGGUCGGAAACCUUCCUUACUGAAAUUUGCAAAUUGGCUCCGUGCUGAGUUGGAAGCGCAAGGGAUGAGUUGUUUUCUAUCAGAUAGAGCUCGAUUUCGGAGUUCCCGUAAGCAUGGACUUAUUGAGAAGGCAAUGGAUGUUUCUUCCUUGGGGGUUGUAAUUCUAACAAGGAAGUCUUUCAAGAAUCCGUAUUCUAUCGAAGAGCUUAGAUUUUUUUCUAGCAAGAAGAUUUUAGUCCCAAUCUAUUUUGACCUGAGCCCUGGUGAUUGCCUUGUCCGGGAUAUUGUUGAAAAGAGAGGAGAACUGUGGGAAAAACACGGGGGUGACUUAUGGUUUUUGUAUGGAGGAUUGGAGAAAGAGUGGAAGGAAGCUGUUAAUGGUCUCUUUCGAGUCGAUGAAUGGAAACUGGAAGCUGCAGAUGGUAAUUGGAGAGACUGCAUAUUACGAGCUGUUACUCUUUUGGCAAUGCGGUUAGGAAGACGAAGUGUUGUGGAGCGAAUGAUGAAGUGGAGAGAAAAGGUAGAUACAGAGGAAUUCCCGUUUCCUCGAAAUGAUAAGUUUAUUGGCCGGAAGAAAGAAUUGUCAGAGCUAGAGUUUAUACUUUUUGGUGACAUUAGUGGAGAAUCAGAAAGAGAUUACUUUGAGCUCAAGGCUCGAUCGAAGAGAAAGAAUUUGACGGUUGGCUGGAGCAAAGGCAGUUCAGUGGAGGAAAGACUUGGGAAACGACAGUGGGAGAGUUACAGUAGGAAGGGUAAAGAACCGGUCAUUUGGAAAGAGUCGGAAAAGGAGAUUGAGAUGCAAAGCACUGAAAGGAAACACCAUCAAAAACCUAAAGGUGGUGGAUGGAAUUCACACAGAAAGAAAUCGACGAAAAUCGUUUAUGGAAAGGGAAUUGCCUGUGUAUCCGGUGAAACAGGAAUAGGGAAGACAGAGCUUCUUCUGGAAUUUGCCUACAGAUAUCAUCAAAGAUAUAAGAUGGUUCUAUGGAUAGGAGGGGAAAGCCGGUAUAUCAGGCAGAAUUAUCUAAACCUCUGGUCUCUUUUGGAGGUUGAUAUUAGGGUCGAAAAUUGCAUAGACAAAAGCAAGAUGAAAAGCUUUGAAGAGCAGGAAGAGGUUGCCAUGUCUAGAGUCCGGAAAGAGCUAAUGAGGAACAUACCUUUUCUGGUGGUGAUUGAUAAUUUAGAGAGUGAAAAGGACUGGUGGGAUCACAAGCUCAUAAUGGAUCUUCUUCCCCGUUUUGGAGGAGAGACCCACAUUCUGAUAUCCACUCGUCUCCCUCGUGUGAUGAAUUUAGAACCUUUAAAACUCUCAUACUUGUCUGCAGCAGAGGCAAUGUCUUUAAUGCAGGUAAGUGCAAAAGACUACCCCAUUGCUGAGAUUGAUGCUCUAAGGAUCAUCGAGGAGAAAGUUGGAAGGCUGACUUUGGGCCUUGCAAUUGUAGGUGCCAUCCUAUCUGAGAUACCGAUAAAUCCAAUCAAGCUAAUGGAUACUAUCAAUAAGAUGCCCUUGAGAGACGUUUUAGGGAGUGGUAGGGAAGCUCACUCCUUGAGGAAGAACACUUUCCUUUUGCAACUCUUUGAGGUAUGUUUUUGGAUAUUUGAUCAUGCUGAGAGACCAAGGAGCUUAGCAACAAGAAUGGUCCUAGCGAGUGGUUGGUUUGCACCUGCUUCCAUUCCAGUUUCCCUUUUAGCCUUAGCUGCUCGGAAGAUACCCGAGAAAAGUAAAAGAACCUGCUUUUGGAGGAAAUUAUUGCGUUCCUUGACAUGUGGUUUUUCUUCAUCGUACUCCAAGAGAUCAGAAGCAGAAGCAUCUUCUAUGUUGUUGAGAUUUAAUAUUGCACGAAGCAGUACCAAGGAAGGUUACAUCACUUUCAAUGAGCUCGUUAAGGUUUAUGCUCGGAAGAGAGGAGCUACCGGUUUUGCACAUGUCAUGGUUCAAGCUGUUGUUAGUCGUGGGUCGCUAUCUCUCCACUCGGAACAUAUGUGGGCAGCAUGUUUCUUGCUAUUUGGAUUUGCUAACGACCCCAUAGUUGUUGAGCUCAAGGUGUCGGAACUGUUAUACCUUGUUAAAGAAGUGAUUUUGCCACUUGCAAUUCGAACUUUCAUUACAUUCUCUAGGUGCAGUGCUGCUCUCGAGCUCCUCCAGCUAUGUACCAAUGCGUUGGAGGUGGCGGACCAGGUGUUUGUUACCCCAGUCAAGAAGUGGUUGGACAAAUCACUUUGUUGGAGGCCCAUCCAAACUAAUGCUCAACUAAAUCCAUCUCUUUGGCAGGAGCUGGCACUGUCUAGAGCCACUGUGCUCGAAACUAGGGCCAAGUUAAUGCUAAGAGGGGGACAAUUUGACAUAGGAGAUGACCUGAUUAGGAAAGCAAUUUUUAUUAGAACUUCAAUCUGUGGUGAGGAUCAUCCUGAUACCGUAUCCGCUCGUGAAACUCUAAACAAACUCACCCGGCUUCUUGCAAAUGUUCAAACUCAGACUUAACCAUAGAUUCUAUAUUUCUUGUUAGCAAAUUUACAUUAGUUUAUACAUAGUUUACAAAUAAAACUCCUGUAAACAAUUCCUAGAAUUUUUAUACCAUUUUAACUUUGAAUGAGAUGCCUUACAGUUCUGAAUUUA